UACAGAUCGCAUAUCCAGGAGGAGAUCAAGCGCGAGCUCGCGCGGCAGGUCCGGCAGCAAGUGGACCUGCAGCUCCGGGAACACAUACCCGUGACGCUCCAGGAGCAAGCGCAAGAGAGCAAGCGGCAGCUGGUGGAAGUCAAGCAUGCGCUCAUGAAUUCCGAGGCGCGACGCACGAACUCGAUCCUGCGCACCGACAACUUGCAGGACCAGCUCGCAGUCGUGCUCAAGCCGGACGGCACGAAGAGCAACGUGUACCCGCAUAACCUUCACUCGCUAUUUGCUUACGAUGAUGAUAUGCUCAAGUUACUUCUGCGUGAUCAUGACCUAACUAUCGCAGACCAAAGGGAGAAAAAUCUAAAUAGAUUUAUGGCACACAUCGGUGAGUGCAACAAUUACAUCCGAGCAACGACACUCAGCGUAAAAUACAGGGGUCGGUUUCCGCCUCGUGCCCAUCCCUAG